AUGGCCGACGACGCGCCGCACCAGCAGACGCCGGUCCCGGUGCCGUACGUGGCGGGGCAGCCCGUCGGCGACGCGAGCGCCAGCGACUCGGGCCUCGCGGCCUCUGCCGGCGCCGAGCAAGCGCCCGCGACCCGCACCGGCACGCCGACGGCGAGCAGCCAGCGCAGCGGCAACGGGCCGGAGGCGGGGCCGGGGCCCGCGCCGUCGUCGCGCGCCGCGUCGCAGAUGCCGGGCGACGGCGGCGGGGCGCUGCCGGCCGCCGCCGCGCCCCACGGCGCCCCCGUGCGCCAGUACCUCAACGCGCGCGUCGUCGGCCCGCUCCUCGAGGGCAUGAAGCAGGUCGCGCGCGAGCAGCCUAAGGAUCCCCUCCGCGUCCUCGGCGAGUACCUCCUCCAGCGCUCCAAGGAGCUCGAGUCCUCGGCCUCGUCGUCGGCGUCGGCCGCCUGAGGCGAGCCCGGCACGGC